AAAUUGCCGAUCUAUCAAGGAGAUAAGAGCCGCCGGGUGCCGCAUAGACCGCUGUAAAAGUAAUUAAUUAGUCGCCAGUGUCGGACUGUACAGUGAUCAUGGCUCAAGCACUGAAGAAAUUGACCACACAAGUUCUCAAAAACAACAAUGUGGAGACAAUAAUCGGCUGUUCAGCGCUCAGGGCUAGCAGCACAUGGUGGAGCAAUGUACAGAUGGGACCACCUGAUGUCAUUCUUGGCAUUACUGAGGCAUACAAGAGAGACACAGACGCCAAGAAGGUCAAUCUUGGUGUAGGUGCCUAUAGAGAUGAUGAAGGAAAACCAUUUGUACUGCCUUCUGUCAGAAAGGCUGAAGAAAUCCUUCACAAGAAAGCCCUGAACCAUGAAUACGCCCCGAUCGGUGGUGAAGCUGCAUACACCGAUGCCGUGGCUAAACUAGCCUUUGGCGAAGACAGCCCCGUCAUCAAGAACAAAAGCAACUGCACUGUACAGACACUGUCUGGCACUGGCGCGUUACGUCUCGGCUUGGAGUUUAUCACCAAGCACUACGGCAAAACCAAGGAGAUAUGGAUGCCGACCCCCACGUGGGGCAACCACCCACAGAUCUGCAACAUGCUGAACCUGCCACACAAGAAGUACCGCUACUUCGACCCCAAGACCAACGGCUUUGAUCUCCAGGGCGCGCUUGAAGAUAUCUCGAAAAUUCCCGAAGGCUCGAUAAUUUUACUGCACGCGUGUGCCCACAAUCCCACUGGUGUGGACCCCAAGCCCAGUGACUGGGAACAGCUGUCUAAGGUAAUCAAGGACAGGAAAAUCUUCCCGUUCUUCGACAUGGCGUACCAGGGUUUCGCGACCGGCAAUGUCGACAAUGACGCAUUCGCUGUUCGUCUUUUCGUCAAAGAGGGCCACCAGGUCAUGCUUGCCCAGAGCUUCGCCAAGAACAUGGGUUUGUACGGCGAGCGUGCUGGUGCCCUGACAUUCUUGUGCGGCGACGCGGAGUCGGCCGCUAAAGUGAUGUCGCAAGUCAAAAUCAUGGUACGGACCAUGUACUCCAACCCCCCGCUGUACGGCUCCAGGCUGGUCCAGGAGAUCCUCACCGACGCUGGACUUAGGAAGCAAUGGUUGGCGGACGUGAAGCAGAUGGCGGACCGCAUCAUCUCCAUGCGCAACCAGCUGCGCGCCGGCAUCGAGGGCGCCGGCAACCCGCACCCCUGGCAACACAUCACCGACCAGAUCGGCAUGUUCUGCUACACCGGACUCAAGCCUGAACAGGUGGAGCGUCUCACCAAGGAGUUCCACAUUUACUUGACGAAGGACGGUCGCAUCUCCGUCGCCGGCAUCUCUUCCAAGAACGUCAACUACAUCGCCGAAGCCAUCCAUAAGGUCACUUCAUAAACCAACUAACCGCCGUCUGCAUUACACCAACAUGUAUGAAAGCCGGGUCUUUUGCGAAAGUAAUUUUAUUGAACAACCAAAUUUUUUGUAAGCCGUAAUGUAUGAAAAAGCACUACAAUAUGGUAUAAUUAUUCCGUGCUUACGAACAUAGCAUGUCUAUUUGAAUGUUACAAGACAAAAUGUAAAACAUUUUUGCUUGCAUUUGUUUUUAUUUCUAGCCCAGCAGACCCGCCUUAGAAACGCAGUAUUUAUUCGAAAUAAUUUUUAAGUUGCACGAAUAUUUUUGGUGUAUUAUAAAGUGUAAGCAAAGCAAUGUAAAGUUGUGAUUAUGUUAUUAUGUAUAGUUGUAAACUGAGUAUCAGUCUAGUGUGAUAUUAAAUCAUACAUUUAUAUAUUUUUUUUUACUUACCUGAUUGGAUGAAAUAAAAAUCAUAUUAUAUUUUA